AUGAGCUUGACAUAUGGCGCCGGCGGGAUAGGAACGUCCCUGCUCGUUAUUGGAGCUUACAUGCUCUUUACCGGCAGCGGCGAGGCUUUCAAUGUCGGAGCUUUCCUCGAAUCGGUAUCACCAUAUGCCUGGGCGGAUCUGGGUAUCGCGCUUUGCAUAGGUCUUUCCGUGGUGGGCGCAGCAUGGGGCAUCUUCAUCACCGGCUCCUCUAUUCUCGGUGGAGGUGUCAAGGCGCCACGAAUCCGGACCAAGAACUUGAUCUCCAUCAUCUUCUGCGAAGUCGUCGCCAUCUACGGCGUCAUUAUGGCCAUCGUGUUCUCCGCCAAGCUCCAACCCGUCACUGGCGAACAAUACUACUCGGGCGACAGCUACUACACGGGAUUUGCGUUAUUCUGGGCCGGCCUUACUGUCGGCAUGUGCAACCUGGUGUGCGGUGUUGCCGUCGGUAUUAAUGGCAGUGGUGCUGCGUUGGCGGAUGCUGCUGACCCUACGCUCUUCGUCAAGAUCCUUGUCAUCGAAAUCUUCAGCUCCGUCUUGGGCCUUUUCGGCCUCAUUGUUGGCCUGCUUGUUUCCGGUAAGGCCCCGGAUUUCGGCAGCACACAGUAG